AUGACAGACCAGGAGAAUAACAACAACAUCUCAAGUAACCCCUUUGCUGCUCUUUUUGGCUCCCUGGCUGAUGCCAAGCAGUUUGCAGCAAUCCAAAAAGAGCAGCUGAAGCAGCAAUCUGAUGAACUCCCAGCUACCCCAGAUGACUCGGAUAAUAGUGUGUCAGAAAGCCUGGAUGAAUUUGAUUACUCUGUGGCUGAGAUUAGCCGCUCAUUCCGUUCACAGCAGGAAAUAUGUGAGCAACUCAACAUCAAUCACAUGAUCCAAAGGAUCUUCCUCAUUACUCUGGAUAACAGUGACCCAAGCUUGAAAAGUGGGAAUGGCAUCCCCAGCCGUUGUGUGUAUUUGGAAGAAAUGGCGGUAGACCUGGAAGAUCAAGACUGGCUUGAUAUGAACAAUGUUGAGCAGGCUGUCUUCGCUCGCUUAUUACUUCAGGAUCCAGGCAACCACUUGAUUAACAUGACUUCUUCCACAACAUUGAAUCUCUCUGCUGAUCGAGAUGCAGGGGAGAGGCACAUUUUUUGUUACCUUUAUUCCUGCUUCCAAAGAGCUAAGGAAGAGAUUACCAAAGUUCCAGAGAACCUGCUCCCCUUUGCAGUACAGUGCAGGAACCUCACUGUGUCCAAUACCCGAACAGUUCUCCUCACCCCAGAGAUCUAUGUUGACCAAAACAUCCAUGAGCAACUGGUAGAUUUGAUGUUGGAAGCCAUCCAAGGAGCCCGUGAGUACAUAAGCAAGAUUUAUUUUGAAGAUGUAACUGAGUUUCUGGAAGAGGUCAUUGAAGCCUUGAUAUUGGAUGAGGAAGUUCGAACAUUUCCAGAAGUCAUGAUUCCAGUGUUUGAUAUUUUAUUGAGCCGAAUAAAAGACCUAGAACUCUGUCAGAUCCUGUUUUAUGCAUAUCUGGAUAUUCUUCUCUAUUUCACUAGGCAGAAAGAUAUGGCAAAGGUUUUUGUUGAAUACAUUCAGCCCAAGGACCCUAGCAAUGGGCAGAUGUACCAGAAGACCUUGCUGGGAGUAAUCCUCAAUGUCUCCUGCUUACUAAAGACUCCGGGUGUAGUAGAAAAUCAUGGCUACUUCCUGAAUCCAUCUCGUUCCAGUCCCCAGGAGAUCAAAGUGCAAGAGGCCAACAUCCAUCAGUUCAUGGCUCAGUUCCAUGAAAAGAUCUACCAGAUGCUGAAGAACUUACUCCAGCUCUCUCCAGAAACCAAACACUGUAUCUUGGCCUGGCUUGGAAACUGUUUGCACGCAAAUGCAGGCCGCACCAAGAUUUGGGCCAAUCAGAUGCCAGAAAUCUUCUUCCAAAUGUAUGCCUCGGAUGCCUUCUUUCUGAAUCUGGGUGCUGCUCUCCUGAAGCUGUGCCAGCCAUUUUGCAAACCCAGAUCCUCUCGGCUCCUCACCUUUAAUCCCACCUACUGUGCCCUGAAGGAGUUGAAUGAUGAAGAACGAAAAAUUAAAAAUGUACACAUGAGAGGUUUGGACAAAGAAACUUGUUUGAUCCCAGCUGUGCAGGAGCCAAAGUUUCCCCAGAACUACAACCUUGUGACGGAGAACCUUGUCCUGACAGAGUACACCUUGUACUUGGGAUUUCACAGGUUGCAUGAUCAGAUGGUAAAAAUCAACCAAAAUCUGCAUCGGCUGCAGGUUGCCUGGCGGGAUGCUCAGCAGAGUUCUAGCCCUGCUGCUGACAGCCUUCGUGAGCAGUUUGAACGACUGAUGACCAUCUAUCUUUCUACCAAGACUGCCAUGACCGAGCCACAGAUGCUACAAAAUUGUCUGAAUUUGCAGGUGUCCAUGGCUGUUCUACUCGUUCAACUGGCCAUAGGCAAUGAGGGCUCACAGCCAAUAGAGCUAACUUUCCCUUUGCCAGAUGGCUACAGCUCUUUGGCUUAUGUGCCAGAAUUUUUUGCAGAUAACUUGGGUGACUUCCUCAUUUUUCUCCGCCGCUUUGCUGAUGACAUCUUGGAGACGUCAGCAGAUUCCCUGGAACAUGUCCUCCACUUUAUCACCAUUUUCACUGGAAGCAUAGAAAGGAUGAAGAAUCCCCACCUGAGGGCCAAACUGGCUGAGGUAUUGGAAGCAGUGAUGCCUCACCUGGAUCAGACCCCAAACCCCUUGGUAUCCAGUGUGUUCCACCGGAAACGUGUGUUCUGCAACUUUCCCUAUGCAUCCCACCUUGCAGAAGCUCUAAUCAAGGUCUUUGUGGACAUUGAGUUUACAGGAGACCCCCAUCAGUUUGAACAGAAGUUUAAUUACCGACGUCCCAUGUAUCCCAUCCUAAGGUAUAUGUGGGGAACGGAUACCUAUCGAGAGAGCAUUAAGGAUCUGGCUGACUAUGCGUCAAAGAAUUUAGAAGCCAUGAAUCCUCCACUUUUCCUCCGCUUUCUCAACCUGCUAAUGAACGAUGCCAUCUUCCUUCUGGAUGAAGCCAUACAGUAUCUGAGCAAGAUAAAGAUUCAACAGAUUGAGAAAGACCGAGGCGAAUGGGAUAGUCUGACUCCAGAAGCCCGCCGAGAGAAGGAGGCUGGCCUGCAGAUGUUUGGACAGCUGGCACGUUUCCAUAACAUCAUGUCCAAUGAAACAAUUGGUACCCUUGCCUUUCUGACAUCAGAGAUCAAAUCACUCUUUGUGCAUCCUUUCCUGGCUGAGCGCAUCAUCUCCAUGUUGAACUACUUCCUGCAGCACCUGGUUGGCCCCAAGAUGGGGGCCUUAAAAGUCAAGGACUUCAGUGAAUUUGACUUCAAACCCCAGCAGCUCGUAUCAGAUAUCUGCACUAUCUACUUAAAUCUUGGGGAUGAGGAGAACUUCUGUGCCACCGUGCCCAAGGAUGGACGUUCCUAUUCCCCAACUCUCUUUGCACAGACAGUCCGAGUCCUGAAGAAAAUAAAUAAGCCCGGGAAUAUGAUUGUGGCUUUCAGCAACUUAGCAGAGAGAAUCAAGUCUCUAGCAGACCUCCAGCAACAGGAAGAGGAGACGUACGCAGACGCCUGCGAUGAGUUCCUGGAUCCCAUCAUGAGCACGCUCAUGUCCGACCCUGUGGUGCUGCCAUCCUCCAGAGUCACUGUGGAUAGAUCCACCAUUGCCAGACAUCUGCUCAGUGACCAAACCGAUCCCUUUAACCGUAGUCCCCUCACCAUGGACCAGAUCCGGCCAAACACAGAACUAAAAGAAAAAAUACAACGGUGGCUCGCAGAGAGGAAACAACAACAAAAGGAGCAACUUGAAUAA